AUGAAGACGUCAGAUAUUCAAUUGGCAGAAAUGCUAGAGGAGCUCAACUCGAGGAGCAAGAUCAGAAUUGUCCUAGAGGCAGGACUCUACGCGCUCAUUUUGUUCCUUUUGGUAGUUGGUAACUCAGCGACCCUCGUAGUUGUUGCAUUAAAGAGUCGCAUGCGAACUAUUCCGAAUCUGUUCGUUGCAUCACUCGCCAUAUCGGACCUCUUGUUAGGAAUUUUAGCAACAGUUCCCAUUGGUUUUCCAACCCUUGUGUUGUCCAAGUAUCCUUUCAGUGACACGACUUGUCAGUAUCACGGAUACACUGUUAUCGUUUUGGCCCUUACAUCGAUGCAAACAUUGGCCUUGAUGGCAGUGAACCGAUAUUAUCGAGUAGUCCGCUCAGAGAAGUACCGCAGGUACUUUACCAAGAAGAAAACUGUCAUCAUGAUUGGCUUGUCGUGGUUCUAUUCCGUUUGGGCUCCUUUGCCGUACAUCCUAAGUGGUCACAAGAUGGUGUUUCAUCCAUUCAAGUUCUUCUGUUAUCUACAGAUCGAUAGUGGACCAUUCACGGCAUUUAUGGUGACUGUUUACGUUGGACCUCCAACUCUCGUUAUAAUGUACUGUUACCUGAAAAUAUUUCAGACUGUACGAAGCCAUACCAAUAAUGUCCAUAGCACUGUAUUUGGAGGUAACCAACUAAACGUGGAAGAGAUUAAGACAGCUCGUUUACUUUUUAUCAUUGUAGUGUUUUUCAAUCUUUGCUGGAUCCCUGUAAUGUUGAUAGACAUUGUUGACACAAUAGAUGGGAAGUGGACAUUCCCUCGAGAAACGUACGUAGCAUACAGCUUCUUAGCUACAGUUAGCAGUGCUCUAAACCCUAUCAUAUACGGUUUACUUAACAACAAUUUUCGAAGGGAGUAUCUGCAAUUAUUUCGAUGUAGACACUGCCGCAAGCAACCGACCGUUGAGCCAUCUGUACUAAUGGAAAGACGAAAGGAGAUCAAACCGACAUCUGCCACUUGCUAA